CUCAAGCUCCACUCGGCUUCAGCUAGUCCGGGAGGCUGGAUGUGGAAAAACACCUUGCGAGGCUGGGACUGCUAGACUCAGACGCAGUUAUCCCGAGAAGAAGGAGCAGCUGUGGGGCGGAUGGUUGGCUGGUGGGAUGGCCCGCGCUUUCGACUGAUCAGAGGGAACUGAGGAGUGUCCAUGGAGAAAUUCAAAGGUCCCACCACAGGAUUUACCAAGGCCACCUGUGGAUGGAGAGUCCUGCUCCUCCCGCAGCUGAACAGACAGUCCCUGUACGUGUACGGCAGCGAGGUGGCCGUGGAGAAGGAGUGCAAGCGCCAGCUGGAGAGCGGAGUCUUUGUCAUCCACCCCUUCAGCCCCAUGAGGAGUUACUACAUCAUGGUCAUGAUGGCCAUCACCUUCCUGAACCUGAUCGGGAUUCCCAUGGAGAUCGCCUUCCUGGACGGCGACAGCGGGCUGGCGUGGGAGAGCUUCAACGUGUUCUCGGACACGCUGUUUCUGAUGGACGUGGUCCUGAACUUCCGGAUGGGCAUCAUAACGGAGGACGCCGAGGAAGCUAUUCUGGAUAUCAAAAAAAUCAGAGUCAGCUACCUGAGGACGUGGUUCAUCCCGGACGUCAUAGCAGCUUUCCCCAUUGGAUACAUCCUGCUGUUUGCGGACCUACACUACCACAACGAUGACAACCCAUCCAAGGCCAACAGGAUGAUGAGGAUACUGAUGUUCGUGCGGAUCCUCAGCUUGAUCCGGCUGGCUCGAGUGUCCAGAUUGGUCAGGUUCUUCAACGAAGUUGAGAAAGUGUCAAACGCAAACCUGGAGGUAGUUCGGCUCUUCUUCCGCAUCUUGUCUCUCUUCAUGAUGAUUUUUUUGCUGUGUCACUGGAACGGCUGCAUCCAGUACUUCGUCCCCAUGCUGGAGGAGUUUCCCACCGACUGCUGGGUUCGGAAGGAAAACCUGAUGAACUCCACAGUCAUCGUUAAAUACUCUUGGGGAGUUUUCCGAGCUCUCUCCCAGAUGAUUGCGCUCUCUUACGGCUCCAUGGACGCUCCAACAAAUUACAUAGAGAUGUGGAUCGUCAUGGUCAGCAUGGUGUCUGGCUGCAUGAUGUACACCAUCCUCGUAGCCAACGCUACGACCAUGAUCGCCAACCUUGACCCAGCAGCCAAGGAAUACAAGAGCAAGAUGAGUCGCUUGGAGCACUACAUGGCCUUCAUGAAGCUUCCACCAGAGUUGCAGCUUCGCAUCAGCAACUACUACCAAGCACGCUACGGAGGGAAAUGGUUCGAUGAGAAAUACAUAAUGGACACGAUAUCAUCAUCACUCAAAGAGCAAGUCCUGAUGGUGAUGUGCAGCCAGCUGCUGAAGAAAGUGCCGAUGUUUCAGAACAGAGAGGAAAACUUCAUCAACGACGUCCUCCUCAAACUGCAUUACGAGGUUUUCCAGGAGGGAGACGUCAUCGUCCGACAGAACGUCCCGGGCGAUCGCAUGUUCUUCAUCGAUCACGGAGAGGCGGUGAUGGAGACCGAGUCGUACGAGAGGGAGCUCUGCGACGGAGACUUUUUUGGAGAGACGUGCGUGCUGACCAAAGGCAAGCAUCUGGCCACGGUGAAGGCGCUGACCGACUGCCAGUGCUUCUCCUUGUCCUGGGACGACUUUCAGGAGGCGCUUCGGUGCUUCCCGGACAUCAAGAAGGACCUAGAAAAGAUGGUUCUCGUCAACGCCGACGGCGAAGUUGUGACUGCAGUCAGAGGAACACAGAGGGCGUUCGACUGCCUUUCCUGCCAGCAGUCCUUUACGUUCAGCAGGAACGCCGCCGCAUCAUUUUGGUGCGACACCUGAAGCAAGUAGAGCAAAAC